UUCGGUGAAAAAUUCUUUGAAUAUGCUCUUUUUUUUCAAAACUUCUAUUAGUAAUCGCCGCAGUAUUAAUCAACCAUAAUGAGUUUUAAGAGUAAUUGGGAUACAAAAUCUAUAAAUCAUUACAAAACUGUGCAACGAAUUAAAAAGCAACUUCGUCAAGGAAACUCGGCAUAUUUGUGUAACCAUCCGGAAAUCCGAGCUAUAAUACGAGUACUCAUUCAUGAGGCCAUAAAUGAGAAAUCAGAAAAUUUUCCCCAAUUUAUUGCCAAUUUAUUUAGUUGUGCGAACACGCCUCGUUUGAUAAUAAUGAUUAACGAGCAAAUAAAAGUGGUGAAUAAAGAGCUUAAGAAAAGUCGUUAUGCCGGAUUUGAUCCAGAGAUGAUUCUUGAAGAAAGAGAGUCAACACAUUCAUUAAUAUCUAAAACAUCCAUACCAGAUAGUGCCAAUGCAAUUUUAAAAUAUGCUCUCGUAUUACCUUCAAACGGGAAAUGAUAUUUAAUUAAAUUUAUAGUAUAAUUUUAGUUUUAAAUUUCAUUAUAUAUAAUAU